AUGGGAGGAGCAUAUUUUAGUCAGCCAUGGAGGACUCUGCCACAGAACAGCCAGGAGAAUCUCGAUUUCGUGAAAUCUUACCAGCCUCGAAACAACAAAGCCAAACAUCUCAGAAUUCUUCUUCAUGGACCAGUCGGUGCUGGGAAGUCCAGUUUCAUCAACUCUGUUGAAAGUGCUUUACAAGGCAGAGUAACUGGUCGAGCUUUGACAGAUGCAAUCUCCAGGAGCAGCUUUACACAAAACUACACAGCUUAUAAAAUCCACAAAGACCCUGAGAGCUACUAUUCUUUCAUUUUUAAUGACAUCAUGGGCUUUGAGCAAAAGACUAACACUGGAGUGAGUGUGGCAGAUGUCAUACUGGCCUUGAAGGGACAUGUGAAAGACGGUUACAAGUUCCUUCCUGAAAGCCCAUUGCAGGGCAGUGAUCAAGGCUACAGGUCAUCUCCCACUCUGGAGGACAGAGUUCACGUUUUGGUUUGUGUCAUUCCUGCCAACUCAGUGUCUUUACUAAGUGAAGAUGUUGUGAAGAAGAUGAGAGAAGUCAGACUAGCAGCCAGUGAAAUGGGCAUUCCCCAACUGGCUAUUCUCACCAAAGUUGAUGAAACCUGUCCUAAGGUCAAAAAAGAUGUAAACAAAGGCUACAAGAACAAGCAUUUAAAGGAACAGGUCAGCAAAUUCAGCGUGUUGCUGGGCAUUCCACCAAACUGCAUCUUUCUUGUGAAGAAUUAUGAUUCAGAAGUCACCCUGAAUGAUGGCAUUGAUGCGCUGACACUGAGCGCACUGAGACAGAUGUUAACCUUUGGAGAAGACUUCCUCAACAACCUACCUCCAACCUAGACCUACAUACUGCUGACACAAACAUUGUAUUAUCAAGACGUGAAAAAAUGGCCUCUUAAGAAAAAUGUUUACAUGCAGGGUACAUUUUGAUGAUAUAUUAUGCCUGUCACUGUUUUUAUAUAAGCCUACAGCAUAUUUCUAUACACAUCCAUUUUUCACCAACUUUUAUGUACAUUAUAUUUUUAUCUUUUCUUAGUUUUGUGUUUGUUUAGCUGUAUGUGUAUUUGUAGCUUAAUGUAAAUUGUUUUUAGAUUUAUAAGUAUACUGAGACCAGCUUACAACUAGAGCCAAAAUCCGUGUAGACCUACAGUAUGUGUUGAGCCCACAUC